UGUACCUACAUACAAUCUUCCAAUCUCAUUCUUUAUCACAAAAUUGAUAUAAUUGUUUACGAUUUUACUACCACUUGAGUUGAUGUAUAAAUAGGCACGUCUCCCAGUUCAUGUAGAAUUAAACACCAUGUAUUUUAAAAUUUUGUUUAUUACUCUCUUCGUAUUCUGUGUUUCUGAAGUGAUUGGUCUCACUUGCAUGAAAUGCGAAAGUAAAGAUGAUAAAUGUUGGAGUGGAAACGGUCUCAAAGCUCGAAACUGUAAGAAUCCACCCGCUGGUGAACAAGCCGUGUGUAUGCAAUAUCAAACAAAAGUGAACGCGGUCUACAAUGCUGUUAGGGAAUGUGCGAGUCGUAAGGGUUCGGCGUCACCGUGCGAUGCCAUGAAAAAGAAUCACAAGAACUGUACUUUUUGCGAAAAAGAUGGAUGUAACAAUUCUCCACUGCAGUAAGAGGCCUUAAACUACGUUAAUUUACAAUUAAUUGGACAUGUUAUUCAUUAUUUACUUAUUAAUUAAAGAAUAAAUACGAAAUUCGUGUAAUAUUCAAAACGAAUUUAAUAAACUCUAUAUCCACUCA